AUGGCCGCAGCGACGAUCCAUGCCCUCCGCCGUAUGAUUGUCCAGGCCGAACUGUUGCCAAUUGCCCAACCAACGCCUUCGUCUGACCCCUUCGCAGCGAAGUUCCCGAUGGCGCCGGAUAACAUCCUGAACUUCUUCCUCAAGUGUUGCCACAUCCCCUGUGUCAGCGCGGCGACGACGACGACGACGACGCCGGAACACUCGCCCAUACGCAUGACCGUCUCCGCCACCAAGCGAGCUACGCCAGCCGAGCAACAGCAGCAGCAACAGCAGCAGGGGGCCGAUGGUGCCAACGACACCCCCACCCCCAAUAUCAUCGUCGAGACCACGGCCGUCGUCGUCGACCCGCACGCCAGCACCUCCGCGCCCGCGCGCGCCCACAACGUCAUCCGCGCCCGCGACCUCGGCCGCCUCGCCGCCUGCGUCAACUGGUUCGCCGACGUGGUCGUCGUGGACGGGCUGCUCGUGCGGGGGGAGAUCGCGCUGAGGUGUCGGCUGGAUGGUGGUGGCGGGUCGACGACGACGACGACGACGACGACGACGACGACGACGACGACGACGGCUACCACCGCCGCUGCAGGCGAGGGUCCGGCGCGUGCGGCGGUGCGGGAGUGGGAGUGGACGUUUUUCGUGGUGGGGGCGGCGGCGGAGGUGGGUGGCGGUGGCGGCGAGGGGAAGGGGGAUGUGCGGGUUACUGUGGCUCCGGAUGCGUUGGGGCAGAUGUGCGAGGCUGCGGGGUGGGAGCCGCGGGCCAGGCCGGCGACGGGGCCGAGGAAGGGGAAGGAUUGUAUCCCGAAGCAUGGGGUCUUGUCGAAAGAGACGUGGAAGGAGCGGGAGGCGAGGGCGAAAAAGCACGACGAAGAGAUUGCGAGGAGGGAAGGAGCGAAGAAAGGGAAAGCAUCGCAGAACGGCCAGCCAGCGGGAAGCAGCGGGUCGAAGAAGACUAACGGCACGGGCGGUGAGGGGAAUGGAGACGAGGAAGACAAGAAAGGCAGCGGUGACGAGUGCGCCGACGAGAAGAAGAAAACUGAUAUUCCAGGGCAAGGGGGUGACAGUGACAAGGAAAACAAUGGUGGAGAGGCCAGCCAGGACAGCAACUAG